UGAAGCCUUGCGGGGCGUUACGGUCCGGUACGGGCCAGGCGAUUGAUCGUUGGUGGUGGCGAAGGGUCUGGGCUCUGUCGCCGCAGGUGGGAGGGCUUCCUCUACCUGGGUGCUCGGCGCCAUGAGCAAACGCACACGGUCCUGCCCCAGAUCAGUGGCUCGAACGUGGGAGGACGCCGGCUAGAAAGCACCCAACGAACCAGAGCCGCGGAGGAAAGCUGGCUUCUUCCUCUCCCGCCCCAGACUGUGUGAUUUUUCCCUAAUGCUGAAAACCCAAUGUGAAUGAACCCUUCGGAAACGAUUCUGUAAUGGUUUAUGAGAACAAAAAGCAAAAGGAGGAUGGACUCAGGCAAGUUCUGGAGGAGAUGAAAGCUUUAUAUGAACAAAACCAGUCUGAUGUGAAUGAAGUGAAGUCGGGUGGUCGAAGUGACUUGAUACCAACCAUCAAGUUUCGCCACUGUUCUUUGUUAAGAAAUCGACGCUGUGCUGUAGCGUACCUGUAUGACCGAUUGCUUCGGAUCAGAGCACUGAGGUGGGAGUACGGCAGCGUCCUGCCCAAUGCCUUACGAUUUCACAUGUCUGCUGAAGAAAUGGAGUGGUUCAAUCAUUAUAAAAAGUCCCUUGCUACUUAUAUGAGGUCACUGGGAGGAGAUGAAGGUUUGGACAUCACACAGGAUAUGAAACCUCCAAAAAGCCUAUAUAUAGAGGUGCGGUGUCUAAAAGACUACGGAGAAUUUGAAGUUGAUGAUGGUACUUCAGUCCUAUUAAAAAAAAAUAGCCAGCACUUCUUGCCCAGGUGGAAGUGUGAGCAGCUGGUUAGACAGGGUGUUCUGGAGCACGUGCUGUCCUGACCUUGUGCUGAGGCCCCGCCAGGCGGCCCUGUGGUGCAAGGGGGGCCACACCGCGGAAGAGUGCUACACGUCCCUCUCCAGCCUCACCUCUUUGGUUUUAAAGGUCACAUACGUUCUUUACAAUAACCAGGAGUAUCUGGCUAAGGAGUGGGUUUUUCUUUUGUACAGGAUUCAUCCUCCUCUUUGUAAUAAACUGUAAGCUGUUAGCUAUAAUUACAACAUGACUACAGUUACUACAAUGGUUUUUUGACAAUGUUUUUUUUUAAUGAAAGUAAACUUUUGUUAACAUUUGACUCCCCCCCCCCCCCCCCCCCCCCCCCCC